GGGUGGGGAGGCGAGGGUCUCUCCUCUCUCUUGUCUUCCCUCCCCCGGAAUAAGAUGGCGGCAGCCGUCGGGCUGAGGAGCUUUUACAAGGCGACGGGGCGCCUGCUCUGCGUCCACCAUAUUAGAUUGUACAGUAACUUCCGUUCGCUAAAGGCAAAAUACAAUUGUGGGCUUGACAAGCCCUCAUGGAGGUAUCGAAAUCCACACCGAUUGUUCAGAACAACUAUUGUGUCACAUGGCCAAAUUGUCCAGUUCAAGCUCUCUGAUAUUGGAGAAGGGAUUACGGAGGUGACGGUGAAAGAAUGGUAUGUAAAAGAAGGCGAUGUCGUCUCCCAGUUUGACAGCAUCUGUGAAGUCCAAAGCGAUAAAGCCUCUGUCACCAUCACCAGCCGUUACGAUGGCAUCAUUAGAAAACUCCAUUACAACUUAGACGAAAUUGCCCAUGUGGGGAAACCGCUAGUGGAUAUAGAAACAGCUGCCUUGAAAGAUGUCGCUCCCGAAGAGGACGUGGUCGAAACCCCUGCCGUGUCUCACGAAGAGCAGACCCACCAGGAGAUCAAAGGCCACAAAACCUUGGCAACUCCUGCCGUCCGCCGCCUUGCCAUGGAAAACAAUAUUAAACUGAGUGAAGUUGUUGGAACAGGAAAAGAUAACCGUAUCCUCAAAGAAGACAUUCUCAAUUACUUGGCCAAACAGACGGGAGCUAUUUUACCUCUAUCGCCAAAACCUGAAAUUGUCGCGCCGCCGCCAACACCGAAGCCUGCAGCAGAUAAGCCAAAGACGCCAAGAAUCCCUUUGCCCAUUUCCAAACCUGUCGUAAUUUCACAGAAAGAUAAAACAGUGGCCGUUUCAGGAUUCCAGAAGGUCAUGGUGAAAACCAUGUCUGCAGCGCUGAAAAUUCCUCACUUCGGUUAUUGCGACGAGAUUGAUCUCACGCAACUUGUCCGGCUGAGAGAGGAGCUGAAACCUGUAGCGCUCGAACGUGGAAUUAAGCUCACCUUCAUGCCUUUCUUUUUAAAGGCCGCUUCUUUAGCCUUAUUACAUUAUCCGAUCCUCAACGCUUCACUGGAUGAAAACUGCCAAAACAUCACUUACAAGGCUUCUCACAACAUUGGAGUUGCUAUGGAUACAGGGCAAGGCCUAGUUGUCCCUAAUGUGAAGAAUGUCCAGGCCUGCAGUGUAUAUGAGGUUGCUUCAGAAUUAAAUCGCCUUCAGAGCCUGGGGUUUGCGAAUCAGCUGGGAACAAGCGACCUCACCGGGGGAACAUUCACACUCUCCAACAUUGGCACAAUUGGCGGUACCUAUGCAAAACCCGUAAUUCUUCCUCCUGAAGUAGCUAUUGGCGCUCUGGGGAAAAUACAAGGCCUUCCUCGGUUUAAUGCGAAAGGUGAAAUAUUUAAAGCACAGAUAAUGAAUGUGAGCUGGUCGGCCGAUCACAGAAUUAUCGACGGCGCAACCAUGUCCCGUUUUUCCAACUUGUGGAAAUCUUACUUGGAGAACCCUGCUUUCAUGCUUCUGGAUCUAAAAUAAAGAGGACUAAUGCAUGGAUGCAUCGUUUAAAUUUUGAAACUGCUAUCAAGCUAGCUAUGCUAGCAAGUGUCCUUAAAUACUACAUUUCACAAUUCAGUGUGUGAAUUGUGUGAUCACUUACAAGGUGUGAUCAAUAGGCCUUUCUGAUCACUGGUCAGUGUACUGAUUAGCUGUUACAUUUUGUCGGGCUGAGUAGGUUAGUUUGUAAAUUGUUAGGCUAGAGACUGUCAUACUAGACUGUCAUACUUUGGCUCUUUGGUGCGGCAAUGAGAAAUCUAUGUUGAUAACAGGCCGUAUUCCACUACACUGACAUUGCCAGAUGAAGGUUACUAUCAUUUAUUUUUUAACUGCUUCUGCUGUUGGUAGAUUAAUUUUUUCUCAGAAUUUGAUUGGAAACAGGGUUUUCUCUUUCACAAAAUAAAAGGGAUGUUACCAAGUUUCUGAUGCAAGAAACGCACAAAUCAUGUUCAAAUAAAAUGCUUUUAUUGCUUAUUUUAUUAAAUACACAGGGAUGGCCUUUCAUUGGUUAUUGAUGCUAACAUUUCUUUUCCAAACGUCCUUUCUGCCUAAAUUAAUUUCUGUAAUAUGUGAAGCAACUGUCGGCAAAUGGGAAUAUGUCCAAUAGGAGUAAAGUUUGAAGCUCAUAACAGGGCACAGCUUAGCUAAGGAGCCAUAAAUGAAACUCAUACAAAAUGGAGGUUCUUCAGAAUCCCAAGUACGUUGACUUUGGACAGUUAUUGGUGCUCCGUAUCAAGAUGGUAUGGAUAGGUAUUUUGUGUGAAAUCUAAUGAAUGUAACAGAGGUGCCCAAAGGAUAGUUUGCACAAUACAUUUGUUUAUUUCGCUGUCUCCCGCAUGCUGCUGUGGACCUGGGGCACAGACUCCUGGGGGUCCAGCCCUUUUGGGACCCCCCCCCAAUAUUUUGGGGGGCCCAAUGUCCAGAAAACAGGAGGAGGUUGAGCGCGGUGCAGCUUCCAUAGCCAGUUCCUCCUCCUCUUCCUGCUGCGGAGGGGAAGGAGGGUCCAAACAGCCCCCUGCCAUUGGCAGCGGGAGAAGGAGGAGGAGCCAUUGGCUCUUGAAGCCAUGUGGCUGCCAUGUCCUACUCUGCCCUGGCUCCUCCAGAUGCUCUGACAUCAUGUGUGACAUCAGCCCAUCACCCUCGCAAGCUGGCACCUCUGGUGUGGACACAUGUAAUUUAUGAAGCAAGCAACCACAGAUAGACAUAGCUGACAUCACUUCCUGUGAUCAGUGAGGCACAUUUUGAGCCAGCACAAUAAUAAAAAUUGCCAAUGGCCAAUUCCUGCGUUAGGUUUCUCCACAUGGGUGCAUGCCUGGGUUUGGAAAGGAGGCUGUUAAGUAGGAAGUAAAGGCAUACAGCAGAAAGGUGUUUGCCCAUUCACAUGAAAUGAAUACUUUGAAGAGACGCUGGGUUCAAGUGGUUUCAUCUGAGGAUUUUCCACAGCGUCACUGGAGUUCACGAUCCCUUUUUCUGCACGUGCAUUUAGAGCCGAAGAAUGGUAUCCAGUUAAGUCACUGUGUGCACAGGAAUUGCCCCUCAAACCAUCCCCCAAAUCUGCUCAGAAGGCUAUUCCAACUCUAUUGUGCAAUUGUGGACUGCACUUCAGAACAGCAAAAACCUGAGAUGCAAGCAGAAAGGGGUUUGAAACAAGCAAUACACAAAUGCACAACUGUUUAGGGAGAUUUAAAGUGACCUUAAAAGUGAGCGUGCUGGAUUAAAGGCUGUACGUGACAGAAACUAAAAGGCACUUUAAAGAAAGAAAAUAAAAUAAGCUUCUAAAAAUCAUACGAGAAAUGAUCAUACGCUCAAGAUGCUUGACAGAAGCUUAGUAUUGCACGCAUAGCGUAUUUUCAAACAAUAUUGUACUGUAUCCUCAUUGUGAAAGUUAUUUGGUUAAACAUCCCUACAAACUCCUAAAUCGUAUAUGUUUAUUUUUUAAUAAAAAAACACUCCUCUUGUCAUCUGUGAGAAGAAAGUUGAGGUGAAAUAUCUGAGAUUUAGAGACCUAAAGAUGUGAAAUAAUACUCAAGUCUCAUAUAGAUCUGUGAGGAAUUUUGUAUUCACUUUUGCCGAUUAAAAAACAAUUACUAUAUACUGUCUUAACAUUUCUUUUAAAUUGUUUUCUAUUCUUGAAUAAAUCUUUUAUUACAACC